UGCCGGGGCCCAAUAAUAAAAUGAAUGCCGUCGCAUCCACGUUCCACCUACCAACCUGCUGCUGCCUCCAGACAGCUGCGGAGAGCCCGGGGAGAUCUCAUCUUGGCUUGGGCUUCUCCGCCGCCGUCGCCGCCAUGCCUCCGUCCCCAUCCUCCGCCGGCGCGGGCGCCGCCUCGCCGUCCCCCUCCGCCUCCGCAUCAGCCUCAGCCUCGGACCCGACCCCGUCAUGGUGGGAGUCGGUCUCGCAGGCGCGGUCCCGCAUCCAGGCGCUCUCCUCCAUCCUGCCCCCGGCCGCGUCCCAGGACGUCGCGGCGCUGGCGGACUCCGAUCGCCCCGCGCGCGCGCUCCUCCGGUCGCCCGCCGCCUACGCGGCGCUCUCCGACGCGCUCCGCGCGGGCGGGGGUGCCGACGACCCCGCCUGCCACUGGCUCUACGACACGCUCCUCUCCGCUGACCCCGACCUCCGCCUCGCCGCGCUCGCGUUCCUGCCCCUACUGGCGGCGCUCUACCUCCGCCGCCUCCCGCCCGAGCUACCCUCGUCGCUCUCCGGCUUCGAGGCGGUGCUCCUCGCCGUCUACUCCUCUGAGGCCAAGAAUCGUCAGGGGAAGCCCGUCCUCGUCCAGGUCCCGGACCUCUCCGUCCCCUCGCUCUACCACACGCCGGCGUCCAGCCCCAGCUCCAAGUCCCCUCGCCGGCCGCAGCCCCCGCCGAUCCCCCCUCCACAGGCAACUCCCGUGGUGGGUGUGCUCUCACCACCGUUGGAGCCGCAGGCUGCUGUGAAGUCCACGAAGCGCGCUGGGAUAAUUGGGGUCGCGUUCGAAGCUUACUAUUCCAAGAUUCUGCAGAUGCCUGCUGCAUCGAAGGUGGAUGCCUGCAAUGCUGUGGCGGCGUGGGCGGGGCAGUACUGCAAAUGCCGUUUUGAGCUUGAUGACAAGGAGCUGGAGGAAGAGGAAGGAGACUCUCUGGGGUCUGUGUCACCAAUGUCAUCAGAGGCUGAGAAUGGGAAGGAAUUGGAGGAGGAACUGGCAGGGAUGCACAUCAAUGGAGAUACCAGUGGGCGGAAUUGCCGUGAGGAUUAUGACAAGGAGGCAAGGGUGCCGCUACCCUGGGAGCUGCUCCAGCCGGUGAUGAGGGUUCUUGGGCACUGCUUGCUUGCACCGCUGAACCCAGUCGAGGUGCGGGAUGCAGCUGCAGGCGCUGUGAGGGUUGUCUAUGCUCGUGCAUGUCACGACCUUGUGCCACAGGCGAUCUUAGCAGCCCGGAGCUUGAUUGAGCUUGACAAGAGUGCACGGAAGGCUGCAAAGGCAGCAGCUGCGGCGGCUUCUGGGACAAUUGUGGCUGCUGGCACUGCUGGAAGCACUGCGUCGAGCUCGAGGCCAAGUUCAAAGCCAAACACACCCAGCAAGCAGCGCAAGCCUGACACACUACUCGUGUCCAAAUGAACUCAACUGUAUCCAGGGAGUGUUUGCAUGGUGGUAACGUGUUUCUUUCAGAUGAUUAUUGCCUAUGUGUGCAACUUGAAUAUCUGUGAAAGUUAAGUAGACCUUGCAAUGUGGGAAAACUGUAAUAUGGCUGGAUGACAAUUGGCUGAAGUUUCCAACUUGCCGUUGUAUUUUUUUUUUUUUUUGGUUAGCAUUUAUAUGAAACUAGAGAAAGCAACUAGGGUUAAAUAUUUUACCACUUUACCAGUUACUACUGGAUCUUGUGCUAUACUACCAUUGCACAUUGCCAUGUUGUAUGCAUUUUCUGUGUCUAUCUGCAGAAGCAGAUUUAUCCUGCAGUUACAGAGAUGAUUAGCAUCCAAUAAUAUGUCAUUUCUGUAACUAUCAAUAUACAAAGGUCCUUAGUUUUUUUGGCGUUGUUGAAUCACGAAUAUGACACACCAUCAUCUUGUUUCUUUUCUCAUGGAAAAACAUUGUAAUUACUGUAAACAACUGUAUGCGCCAGUCAUUCAUCACUCAGGAUGAUUCCGACCGUGACUACAUGGUUAGACAAAUGAAGAAGUAUGGCAUCCCUGUUCUGAACUAUGCUGGUGAACGUACAAGGACAUGGCCGCUAAACAUUACUCCAGAGUUAAGCAGAUUGGACCAAGCAUUUGUCCCUAUUUUUUCCAUCCUCUUUUCUAACUUUUAUUCAUGCACGCUAACCAUCUUCCCUUGUUCCUGAUUAUUAUGGUCACUCCUUUUUGUGAUAUCACCAAUCCUAAUGUUUUCUUGAUAUUCACACUUAAAGCAUGCCUGGGAACUGCGCGAUAGUAAUAUUGACUGUUCUGUUUAUUCUCCUAUGGCAGAUGAAGCAACUUGGGAUUUACUCCCGACUUGAUCAAGAAUUUAAUGCCCCUGAUGCUGUAAAAGAGGUUUUGAUUAGUCAGGCGAUUUUGGAUGAUUCGGUAUAACUACAUUUGUUGUGUUCAUAAAUCUGUACCAUAUUAUUACUCCCUCCAGUUACAACAGAUUGUCUUUUUGGACAUUGGCAUGGUCCUUAGAAAUAACUUUCACUACUAAUUUCUUCUAGAAUAUAUCUCCAAAUCACAGCAAAUUAUAUGAUUAUGAGACCUUUGUUGUUACAAAUUUACCCGUACCAUUAUCAGAUGUUCGAUUUCAGUGCACAAAUUGUAAUUCGUGAUCACAGUUUUGAUAAGCUAAACAGUUUACUGAAUGGAAUAAAUGAACCUUGCACUCAAAAUGUUGUUUUUUUUAAUCUCAUUGACGCCCUUUAUAUGUUUAUUUAGUACAAGAUACAGAUGAAACUCAUCGCAGAGAAAAUGAGGUAUCAAAGAUAGCUAUUUCGGACUUUUGGACUCCGGAUAACCAUUACCGUUGGUCCAAAUCGAGAUAUGGUGGCCAUAUUUCAGGAUUCGUUGAUGCAGUCCAUCCUUGACUUUUUGUGUCCAGUAUGUGCUAUAAUCUCUGCCUUGAUAAAUUUGUCAUUUAUAUAAUUCACCUGUCAUUUGUUAUUCUUGUCAGUCUUACACGCAGAUCUUGAUGUAAGCGACAUCGAAAAUCUUCAACUUCAGAAAGAACAACACAAAAAGAAUAUUGAAGGAAUGAAUGAAGCUAUAACAAAGUUUCGGAAGAAACAGAGGCAUUUAGAAGAUGAAGAGGCAAAUAUACUCAAGCAAAAGGAAGAAAUUAUUAACAUGAUGAGGUUCCAAAAGAAGACACGAGAAGAAAGACAAAGUCGUGUUGAUAUGAGAAGGAGACUGCUUGAAGACUUAUUCCAAGAGGAUGAUGUGGAAUCCAGCACAAGAAAAGCUGGUUGAUCAGGUGGCUAAGUUAAAUGACAAGAGGUUUCAAGCAAUGAUAAAACUUAAGUUCCAUUUCAAUUGCCUUAGGAUUUGCUUACUGAAACUGUUGCUCUCAAAUGGAGUCACACAGAAAAGCACAUGGCUUCCAUUGAACUCGAUGCAAAGGUAUGUCCUCAAUUACAUUUGCAAAAGUAGAAUUCUUAGAAGGGAUUUCCUUUGCAUACUACAUUUCAAAAUAUAAGGCAUGGUUUGGCUUGUGGCUGGUGACAACAAAAUUAUAAUACUUGUAACAUGAAUCUGGCGGUACUACUUCCGUGUCACAAAACCAACAAAUUGUUAUGCUUGUUUGUAAAAAGCCAUAAAGUUUGAAUCUUGAAUAACAUGCACGAAAUGAACAGUCAAUAAGUUGUGAAGUGUGUACAUGAACAGUUGGAUGUGAAUAUUGGAGAGAAUCACCGGGCAGUUUUUA